AUGAAGACUGAUAUUGCAGCGUGGGACUUCUUCCUAAAACUCAUGCCAGUGUUGCUGUUGUUGGCUCUGAUGUGCCCAACCAUGGCCUCUUCUACACAGUUGUCAGAAACGGACUCAUGUGGGCCAGAGGUUGUAGCUCUGAAGCGCAGCAUAAGAAAACUGGAGAAUAAACUCUUGAUUGGGACUUGGCAGGUUGAGCACUUGCAGAGACACAAAUACUUUCUGCCAUUUCAACCUGUUGUGUCUAAUAGUAAACCUGACACUGACACAGACUCCGGUGUAAACCACAACAGCAGUGGGACAUUAGACAGCUCUGAUGUGACAGUGAUGAAACCACUUCCACCAGCAGGCAAUUUAAUUGUCCAUGACAAAGACUGUUCUGAGCUGUUUGACAGAUUGAGACCACCAAGCGGUUUCUACCGCAUCAGACCCAAAUCUCACCAGGAGCCAUUUCUGGUCUACUGUGACAUGGAGGACGGAGGAGGAUGGACAGUGUUUCAGAAACGUCGGCACGGAAAAGUUGACUUCAACAGAGACUGGGUGGACUACAGAGAUGGCUUUGGUGACUUCAAACUGUGGAAUGAUGAGUUUUGGUUAGGGAAUGAGUACAUUUAUUCUCUACUCUCAGAAGGUAACAACCUGGUGAAAAUAGAUCUAAUGGACUGGGAUGGACAGAGAAAUUAUGCGUUUUAUGAGAACUUCAGGGUCACUAAUGAGGCCGAUAAGUAUCGUCUCCAGUAUGAGCUGUAUAGUGGGAAAGCUGGAGAUGCGCUGACUGGUGGUGGGGGGAUGGUGGAGCACUGGUCUACUUGCCUCAGCGGCAUGCAGUUCAGCACCAGAGAUCAGGACAAUGACCGCUACCUUCAGGGCAGCUGUGCUCAAGAGAAUAAGGCAGGAUGGUGGUUCAACAGGUGUCAUGCAGCCAACCUAAAUGGGAAGUUCUACCGCACAGGGAAGUACAAGGGCCAGUAUGAUGACGGUGUGGUGUGGGGGACCUGGAAAGGCCUUUGGUAUUCCCUUAGACACACCACCAUGAAGGUGCGGCCUCUGGUUUUCUUGGACGUCACAGGCAGUGGAGCUGGGGAAAUUUAAAAAACACCAGGCUUCAAAUUCCGUUGUGAAUGAGGACAAAAACUUUACAC